AAACGGAUCUGACAAAAAUGGGUUUUUCUCUUUCUUUUCUUCUAGCUAACAUAAGGCAAAAGACUAUAUCUUUGCACACAAAUAUAUAAAGAAAAGAAAGAAGAUGAGAUUAGUCACAGGCCAAAUCUCAAAAAGACUUCAUAGCAAAGCAAACAUCUUUUUUCUUACUUAGUCACUUGCAUGUAAAGUACAGUCAGCUUCUUCCUUCUUUUUUCUCCCCUAAUUUUUUCAAGAGAUUCUCAAAGCUUUUUUUAAUUCCAUCUUCUUCACACAACUAUGUACUUAUAAAGUUAUAAACAACACAAGAAAGAAGUAGAAAAAAACAAAGCCAAUCUCAUGCUCUAAUGGCGAAACAGAGUUAUGUCUUCUUCACUUUCUUGUUUCUUUCUCUUCUUUCACUCUGUUCCUCAAGAACUACAAAUCAUGAUGUCUUAACCCCACCAACGGUCUUUCCUACGAACCCCACAACGGUCUUUCCUACAAACCCCACAACUACACCGCCGACUACAUUUCCUCCGGAGACCAUAACGCCGACAAAUCCAACCACAACAGUUCCUAUUACUCCUCCAGUCACAACCAUUCCUCCUCCUACACUCACCCCACCUGUGACCAACCCUGCGACUCAGUAUCCUCAAACACAACCCUCAGGGACGGUUCCAGUUCCAGUUCCUGUAUUUGCACCGCCUGCUGUCUCAAACUCUCCAUCGGCUUCAGGUCAAAGUUGGUGCGUGGCAAAGCCUGGAGCCUCUCAAACCUCACUCCAACAGGCUCUUGACUAUGCCUGCGGGAUCGCAGAUUGCUCUCAGAUACAGCAAGGAGGUAACUGUUAUUCACCUAUCAGUCUUCAGAGCCAUGCCUCAUUUGCCUUCAACAGCUAUUACCAGAAGAACCCUUCUCCACAAAGCUGCGAUUUUGGCGGUGCAGCCUCACUAGUUAGCGCCAACCCAAGCACUGGUUCUUGCAUUUACCAGACAGGUUCAUCGACAUCAACACCAACGACAGCAGGAACAACUACGCCAACUCCAUCAACACAAACAGUGAACCAGCCUCCUGUCACAUCAACACCUAUAAUACCAUCAGGAGGCGGGAUAAUCGGGGUUGGAACUCCACCACAAAUCUUUAACCCAGCGAAUCCUACAUCAAAUACUCUAAACUAUCCACCCUCAGGAGGUUCAGGGGUUUACGGUUUUGAUGGUUCACCAAAUGGGAACAAUCCAACAUCAUCAGACUCUACACGCUUGAAGAUUCAGUUUGGUCAUGCUAUAAUGGCAACAUUGAUUAUUCUUCAUGCAGUGCUAUUUCAUUAGAAGUAGAAUAUGUAGGAGUCGUAAUAGUUUUGUGACACAAGUACAAGCUCUUUUAGAGUAUCUUCAUAAGAAGAAUCUAGGAAUGUAAAACAUUAUUAAUUUCUUUGGUGCAAGAGGCUUGCUAAGGUUUCGGUUUUGUACAGAAAACCCCAGUUGUCUCUUUUCAAAUAAAUCUCAGUAGAACCAAA